AUCAUUCUCACCUUGUCCCCAGUUUAAUUCACUUUUCUCCUUACUUUGUAGUUGAGAUUAGCAUCUGUUCUCUGUUAAUCUGCCUUGUUUUUGCAGUCCAUCCAGUCAGAUGUGAGCUCAGGGUAUGCAUUGAUGAUGAUGUGAGAAGUGAUGCAUAUGACACAGUCCAUCCUGUGGUCAGAAAACAUUUUUAAAUGUUUUACAAUGAUAGGAAAAUAAUUUUGCCUUGAAAGACGGUCAAAUAAUACCUUGCAGCAAGGACCCAAUGCAUAUUGACAGAUACCGGUACUUCAUCUCACAUCUAUUGACAUACCAUACUUAACCCUAUUUGAGAAUUUGUUUUACUUCACUGAAUGCCUGUAAGCUCUUCCAAAUCAGACUUUUUCCAUCUCUGUUCCUCAAGAAGAACAGCUCGUACAAGUUCCGGCCUCUGGCAUGUAUAAGCCUGCAAAGCAAAGAAAAUGGACUAGGAGGAUUCUUCCUGGGGCAAUAAAAGUGUCAGUGUAACUUAUAUUCUACCAAACAUCAGGAUGGCUUUAACACCAGGAUUACGAACUAUUACCAGGUGGAGAUGGGUCAUAUACUUUAAGACCUAAACAUGAAUGGGGUAUCUGUAACUUUCCUUCUAAUAACUACAAUAUGGUUGGUCCAUUCUCACCUUAUUCUGGAACAAAAACAAGAAAGAAGCAGCAGCAUAACCGUGGCUCGAUUUCCAGAAAUUCUCCCACCAAUCAUACUAGAUUUAAAAAAGUCCUCUCGGAGAGUGAGCAGGGCGGAUGCUGAACGGAAUAAAUUAACAAAGAAAAAAGUAAUCCCAAAGAAGAAGCCCCAAAGACUGCCGCCUCCAAAUUGUGUACCUCUUAGGACCAGCUGUAAACCUCCUGCUCCUCCGUGCUGUGAACCAUGUGCAUUUUGCUACUGUCAUAUCUUCCAGACUGUCUGCAUAUAUAGGAUGGGCUACCCAAAUUGCUGAAACACAGCCUUAUAGCCAAGUGGGCAUGAAUAAACUACAGAAGGGCACCUAGUGGGUGCAAACAGAGGGUCUAAACAAAUGAAGCAGUUGUGGUUUAAGCAGAAUUUUCUGCUGUCUAUGUUGUUAUACAACUUUUAACAGUCUAAAAUCUACUAUCCUGGUGUUAUUUAUGCUUUAGUUCUCUUUUAUAACAUAACACAUGCCUUUUUCUAUUAAGGCUUAAUAUCUUAUUGCAUCAUAAGACCUUCCUCUGUCACUUAUUGCUGCAGUCGACUUUUUUUAUAGAACGUGGAGAGCAUAAUAAUUUAACUAUAACUUCCAGCAUUCUUAGCAUUACUUAAUAGUGUAGCUUACAGAAGUGAGGUAAUGGGGGUCAAAGCCAAGCCAAGGAACUGCUUGACCCUAUUGACGCGACAAAGCUGUUGACAGAUAUCAGGUUUUCAGAGGGAGGGAGAGAGAUGGGAAAAAAAUAGGAUAGAGAGAUAAAACAGAGUGGUACAACCUAAAUUGUGGAGUGGAAGGGGUUAGGGGAGCAAAUUACUUGCCACGCUACAAUUUUUAUUUUCUGUUAGGGGUCCCCGCAGCUUCGGAAAUUUUAUCAAGGGGUCACGGCACUUAGAAGGUUGAGAACCACUGUACUAGAUCAUUUAAUAAUGUUCACUUGUGUUAUAAAAACAACCUUAAACAGAAUAUAACAUUUUGAAAUAUUCAGCAAUAACAAUGCAUACUGAUUUGACUAUAAAAUUAUUCCAGUCCAUUUGUAUGGGCCAUUGACAGCUGUUUGUGAUAACUCUUUAAUCCUAAAGUCACAUGAAAAGUUGAAAAUGUUAACCAUUUUCCAUGGUGAUGCAAAUAUAUACUAGGAACAGUAGUUCUCCACAUCCCAUAGGGUUUUUUAUGACACGCGUUCCAUAGUAAAGGGUAUCAAGUAAAAAUAAACUGUUUGAUUUAUUAGACCCUAGAGAGGUAGGAUAUAAAAUUGAAUUGGGUCUUACCCAUAUUUGUUCCUAUUGAAGAAUCAACUAUGGAGGGCAUCCAAGUCCUUAAAGGCCCAUAUUUUGUGAUUCACUGCUUAUAGCAAGGGUCUCCAAACUUUCUAAACAAAGGGCCAGUCAUUCAAACUUUUAGGGAGGCGGACCAUGGCCAGUGAAAAUUUUCCAGGCAUCAGUUGGAGUAAACAUCAUCUCAUUUGGUAUUGGGGGGAGGAAUAGUGCCCAAUCGUUGGUAUGAUUGGGAGGAAUAGUGCCCCAUUGUUGGUGUCAGUGGGAGAUACAGUGUCAUUUGGGAGAAUAGUGUCUUGUAUCAGUGGGAGAAAGGCAAGCAAAGAGCCAGUGUUUGAAAACCACUGCCUUAUAGGCUAGGGGCCUAAAAGUGGCAGAAGAGAAUGUUGGGAAUGCAAUGGUACUAGGCAGUGUUGGGAUGUAUUAGCAGUGGGUACACCCAGAGGUUAGUAUUAUGACUUUUAUUGCCACUUGUGUGUUGCUAACAUAUAUUGAUGACAUAGGCAAGUACUAUCACCAGCAGGUCUACAUUAUAUUAUUAUUAUUAUUAUUAUUAUUAUUAUAAUUAUUAUACACAAUUUAUAUAGCGCCAACAGUUUAC